CAGAUAUAGUGAAUGCAGGGCCCAGGGAGACAAGAUAUAGUGAAUGCAGGGUCCGGGGAGACCAGAUAUAGUGAAUGCAGGGUCCGGGGAGACCAGAUAUAAUGAAUGCAGGGUCCAAGGAGACCAGAUAUAGUGAAUGCAGGGUCUGGGGAGACCGGAUAUAGUGAAUGCAGGGUCCCGGGAGACCAGAUAUAGUGAAUGCAGGGGUCCGGGGAGACCGGAUAUAGCAAAUGCAGGGUACGGGGAGACCGGAUAUAGUGAAUGCAGGGCCCGGGGAGACCAGAUAUAGUGAAUGCAGGGUCCGGGGAGACCAGAUAUAGUGAAUGCAGGGUCCGGGGAGA